CGCAGCCAGUGGGGAAGCUGCUCUCUUCGCCUGCCAUACGAAACGAUGUAGUGCAAAACAGCUUUUAAUUUGUUUACAGUUGUUAUUCUGGGAUACGUGAUAGAUCAUGGAGCAUGAUGAUGAGCUGAAUGACUUGCGGCUUCAGUUCCAAGCUCUACAAAGACAGCAGGAGAAAAGAAAAUUGGAUAGGAAAAAGGAGAAAGAACCAGAUAAACCUAAUGUCAGUGUUUCACAGAAUGACUUGGAACUCUCAAAGCAAGGCAUUCAGGAAGCCAACCUGGCUGCAGACAACAGGCUCCUGCAGAAUGAGAAUCAGAAUUUGAAAGACCAGCUGAGAGAGCUUAAAGAUGAAAAUGGUCGGCUCUUCAAACUUCUGAGUGAAAAGGAUUUUGAAAUUAAACACCUAAAGAAGAAACGAGAAGAGGAACGACUGGCUUUAGCAGGCACAUCGGGAUUGGCAGGGGAUGCAGCAGCCACCAAGAUUGUUGAGCUGUCCAAGAAGAAUAGAGAGCUAACUGCUGAAAUUGAGCGAGAAAAGAUUAAGUCAAAGCAAAACAGCAACAGAAUCAAAGAGCUUGAGAAAGAGCUACAGGCUGCUUUGGUGAGCUCUCCAACUGGACAAAAGAUAGAGACAAAGUCACAGAAGAGGCUAUCUGAAGACUGUGAGCAGGAAAAUCCAGUGGUGAAAUCUCUACAGGAAAGAUUAGCUGCUGCCCAACUGAAAGUGAUUGAGUAUCGCAACCAGGUUCAAUCCGUCAAGCAGGAGUUGAAAGUAGCUCAGAAGGUUCUGAUCACUGAAGUUGGAGAGGAGGUCAACCUUCAGCAAUUACUGAGCUGCCCAGGAAGCUUUAGAGGUCGCUCUCAGCAAAUACUGGCUCUUCAGACAAGGGUGCGGGACCUUGAGCAGCAGUUGAACCGGUCAACUCAGCAGAGACAGCCAAGUGUCCUGAGUGUAGAGGAGGAGUUUCUGGGCAUGGGGGUUCUUCUGAAAACCCCCUCUCAAGACAGGAACCUCAGCUACAUCCGCACCAUCGAGAAGGAGAAGAGGGAGGCGUUCGAAAGGAUCUCGGUGGAAUAUGAGGCCCUCCUGAAAGACCAUGAGGAUGUGAAGAAAAAGUUGGACGCCUCUAGAGCCAGGAACAAAUCUCUGUCUGUUGAAAUGAAAACUUUGAAGGCCCAAAUUUCCACCCUACUGGAGAAGGGUAAACAUGAUGAUGAGCUUGUGGAUGCUUUGCUGAAGCAGCAGACCCAGAUGCAGGAGGUGCUGAGACGGCUCACCCAACAGCAGAAUGAACAGUGCAAGGAGACCCAGCAGAGCCCAAGACAACAGCUGAGCAGUGAGCCCUCAGAGCACAACCCCUUCAUCCAGAAGCUUCAGCAGUUGGUUGCUGAGAAAGAGGCAAAGAUCAAAGAGCUAGAGGAAAAAAUCCUGCAGCUCUCUGUCGAGGGAGAGGGCGUGGAAAGAGAGUCCGUUCUCAAGGCAACAAUCAGCAGUUCAGGUUUUUCCCCUGAAGAGGGAGACAUGGACAAGAGAAUAAGAUUUUCAGGUUCCGUUUCUAAAUUUGGUCAUAAACUGGUGCUGCCUGCUGUGGGUGGUAGUAUAGAACACAAGGGUCCAGGUUCUUCGAAAUGUCCUCAGUGUUCAGCUGAUGUGAGUGCACUCAUGACUCAGUGCAGUGAAUAUAAAAUCCUCUGCGUGGAGAAGGACAGACUCAUUGAGCUGGUGAACGUCCUACAGAUAAAAGAAAGAGAGAUGAACCAGAGGAGUUUGGAGGCAGAGCAGAAGUAUCAGGAAGAGCGCCGCAGGACAGUGAUCCUGGAGCAGCAGCUGGAGAGGACCAAAUUAGACUCAAAGUAA